CCAUCACUUCUCAAGCUUCAGAAAAUGAAGAUCUGAGUGGAAAUGCAUAUGCUGCCGAGCAAAUAUGGAGUCAUUGCAUACAACGAUCACAAAAGAAUACAGAGGCUGCAAGUUUUCUGGAUUUGUCUCUUCAUCAGGCAGCAACGGGAACUUAUAUCUACUUAAAAUCUGAUAUAGCAUUGUUGAGAAAAAGAAUCUUACAAAAGGCUAUUAGUGAUCUGACUCCUGAAAAUAAGCAGAUCCUUCUGGAGUGCUUAAGAAGGAAAAGUCUUCCUCUUCAUUGUUCGGGUAGUAAGGCUACAUCCAUUGCUUGGUUAAGCAAGUACCAAGAGCUUUUCUUACAAUGGUCCAGUGUUCCCAGAAGGUACCUAAGAGAAAGAAAGCUUCAAGAUAAGCUAACACAUGAUGUUGCAGUUCCAAUCAUCGCUCCAUCUCCAGGCGACAGGGCAGUAUCACCAAUUAAUGCUCCAGUGCCUUCUUUUAGAGGGCCCACGAGCUCACCAAUUAAACCUCCUGCAAAGGCUCCAACACCUCAGACUCGUGUCAGUCCUCCUGCAAAAGCACCGGCACCGGCACCUCAGACUCGUGUCAACCCUCCUGCAAAGGCUCCAACACCUCAGACUCGUGCCAACGCUUCUAAACCUUUGCCUGUCAUUCCUCCUCCUGCUAAACCACAAAAUACUGGAACUAAUUCUUCAGAAAAUAACCGGAAGGACACUACUUAUAUUAUCGCUGCUGUUUCUGUAGGUGCUGUGGCAGGAAUUGCCCUUUUGGUUCUGUUCUUAAUAUUGUGUCUUAAAAAAAGUAAAAAGAAAGAAGCAGGUCCACAAUAUGGGCAAAGAGAUGAGAAGCCUCUUCUUAACUUUUGUUCAGAUUCUUCUCAGAAGUCUUCGAGCAUAGGAAGUUCAACCCAGAAAGAUUUCAAGGCAUCAUCUACUGUAAAUCGUCUUUCGGUGCCAGAUAAUUCUUCAGAUGCUGAAGCUAAAACAGAUGCACUUGUAAAUGCAUUACCACUUCCUCCAGGAAAAUCUGUACCUCCAUCCCCUGCACCACCUCCUCCUCCUCCUAAACCACCCGCUCCAAAGCCACCUCCUCCUCCAAAAGCUGUUCGCCCUCCUCCUCCUAAUCCACCAAAGCCUGGUAAUCUGCCAAAGCCUUCACCUCUUGGAGCGCAUAAGAGACGAAGUUCUUCGGAUGGUAAGGGAACUGAAUCGUCUGAUGAAUCUGAUGCUCCAAAGGCAAAACUAAAGCCAUUUUUCUGGGACAAAGUUCUUGCUAAUCCUGAUCACUCAAUGGUUUGGCAUGACAUCAAAGCUGGCUCAUUCCAGUUUAAUGAGGAGAUGAUGGAGUCGUUAUUCGGAUAUGCCCAAGCUAAUCCAGGCAAAAAUGAGGGCACAAAAGCUUCAGCAUCUUUUGAAGCUACCCCACAGUAUAUUCAGAUAAUUGACGCUAAGAAAUCACAAAAUCUAGCAAUUAUUCUUAAAGCCUUAAAUGUAACAACAGAAGAAGUUUGUGAUGCUCUCAAGGAGGGUAAGAAACUGCCUCCUGAACUUAUUCAAACUAUAUCAAAGAUGGCACCAACGGCAGAUGAAGAACUCAAACUUCGAUUAUAUUGUGGGGAAAUUUCUCAGCUUGGUCCUUCUGAAAGAUUUCUCAAAUCCCUGGUUGAAAUUCCCUUUGCCUUCAAACGGAUGGAAGCGUUAUUGCUCAUGAGUUCUCUUCCGGAAGAUGUUUCUGCCAUUAAAGAGUCCUUCGCAACUUUAGAGGUGGCAUGCCAGGAGCUGAGAAACAGCAGACUCUUCCUGAAACUUCUAGAAGCAGUUCUCAAAACUGGGAACCGCAUGAAUGAUGGCACCUACCGUGGUGGUGCACAAGCAUUCAAGCUCGAUACGCUGUUGAAACUCUCAGAUGUUAAAGGAACUGAUGGUAAGACCACACUCCUCAACUUUGUUGUUCAAGAAAUUAUCCGAUCAGAAGGAUUAAAAGCAGCACGCAAGUUAAGGGAGAGCGAAAGCUUAUCGAGUGUGACAACAGAAGAUCUUGUCGAGGAUGCUUCUCAGGACUCGGUCGAGUACCACCGCAACCUUGGUAUCCAGGUGGUUUCUGGUCUAAGCAAUGAGCUCGAGAAUGUAAGAAAAGCAGCACUUAUAGAUGGUGACAACUUAAGUGCAUCUGUCUCCAAACUUGGUAACUCACUAGUGAAAAUUAAAGGGUUUCUAGACACUGAAAUGAAAAGUUUGGAGGAAGGCGGUAAGUUUCGCGAUACACUCACAAAUUUUAUGCAACAUGCGGAAGAGGAGAUCAAUUGGAUACUAGAAGAAGAGAAAAAGAUAAUGGCUUUGGUAAAGAGUGCAGGAGACUACUUCCAUGGAAAUGCAGGAAAGGAUGAAGGCUUGCGUCUGUUCACAGUUGUUCGUGAUUUCUUGUUAAUGGUCGACAAGGCAUGUACAGUGGUGAGAAAAUCAACUAAGUUGCCGGCAAACACUCCUAGAAAAGGGGCACUCACGGUAUCGCCUUCCCAGGAAUCCCAUCCAGAUUCUUUGCCAGAUGUUCGUCAACGACUAUUUCCAGCAAUCCAGGAGAGACGGAUGGACGAUGAUUUUAGUUCAGAUGAUGAGAAAUCAUCCCCAUAGCUAUCAUUUCAGAACAAUUUGGAGCUAAUAUGGCUGGAUAAUAAUCUGCAGAAUCUCGUAUUUAACAACUAUAUGAAGCAGAAUGGUCUAUGUCUUAACAUUCUGUAACUGAAGACUUGCUUUUUGAAGAAAAGGGAGUUGGCAUUUGCUCUGAUGCUCUCUCUUAGAUCCCUUGAGGGAGAAAGAAUAGAUGAACUAAGAUAAUUGCUCUGAUGCUCUCUCUUAGAUCCCUUGAGGGAGAAAGAAUAGAUGAACUAAGAUAAUUGCUCUGAUGCUCUCUCUUAGAUCCCUUGAGGGAGAAAGAAUAGAUGAACUAAGAUGCCUCAUUUGUCGCCAUGCUCUUCAAGAAACAUCCAUAGACUUCUCAACAUUUUGUAGUCACUUUUUUUGCCAUAUAAAUCCAACUAUAUCAUUCUGUCCUGUGAGAUGGUAAAAGUCUCUUCUACAUUACUAUAAAUAUAAAUUCUUCUAAUAUGAUGUUGAGAGACAUAAGGAAGAUGGACCAGUUUUGUACAGCUUGUGAUUUUUAGUUUUUAUUUCAGUUCCAACUUCUUUUUCCUGGCCAAUAUCUGUGAUCAUUAAGCUAUCUCUUCUAGAUCUAAUGGUUUUGCUGUCAA